ACCUGUGAGCCCGCGAUCAACAUUACCUGUCCAAAUUAUCAAAACAGUCCCACCGUCAUGGAAGUACGGUCAGUAUAUUACGGCCGAGAGAGGUCCAACCAAUGUUCACUUUCGGGCGAGAUUCUCUACCCGAACUGUACGUCACUAGCGACAACUAAGAAGAACAUCAUGAAGAAAUGUCAAGGAAGGAACCAGUGUAUCAUCGAAGAUCUCACUAAAUAUCUUGAAGAUCCCUGUAUUGGUUACAGCAAGAACUUUAAUAUGACAUACAGAUGUCAACCUGUUUACGAAUUUGGAAGAAGUCAGUCGUACAAAUUGGUGCCGAAUAACUUGACGUGCUACGAUAACAUGGUUAUAGUUCCACAUGACGCAGAAUGGAAGUCUUCUUCUUGCCCGGCUGGGCAGCCGGACACGUUUGACAAGGUGAAAGGAUGGUGCGAUGGAAAAACAUACUGUCAAGUCUAUAAUAAUCAUGUUUGGUUAGGCGAUCCCUGCCCUCAUAAAACCAAAGCCUUUAAAAUGUGGUACAGCUGUCAAACGGCCAAGGGAGGACUUGACAGUGAAUGGGGCUCCUGGACUAACUGUACAGAAUGCGGGCUGUAUGCCAUGAAAAGUAGAAGAAAGCGCUGCUUGAGCCCCGUCAGUCACACCAGUGGAGGUCACUGCCCUUUGGUGCAAGAGGUGGCCAACUGCAACAAACCGUGCCCAGUAAAAGACCUUGUCAUUCGAAUGAAGAAAGAAUUCAACGUCAUCCUGGGAAAUAUAAUGAACAUCCGCUUGACCAUGGAACUGGGUACUAACGUGUCAGCGGUAUUCGACUGGGGCGACGGUUCAAACAGCACAUUUCUAGACGGGCUACAAGCAAAUGCAACAAGUCAUUUAGAUAUGGAAGUGUCGCAUAACUACACGAAAGAAGGAGAAUUCGAAAUCAAGUUGCUCGCGUACAACGUCCUAAACAACCAAACUGAUGGUAAACUCAUACACGUUCAGGUUCGUCUAGAAGGAAUGAAUGUGUCCGCACCGGGAUUCUUGGAGGUCAAUGAAUGGGGACAUUUCAGAUUUACCUUAGUGGUUGUCUCCCUCGCCCUGCCUAAUGUAAGCUGGAAGUUUGGUGAUGACACGCCAACGAUCGAAAACAAGAAUUUCAGCUUGAACCAUUYGUACCAGCGACCAGGGAAUUAUUCGUUUCAAGUUAUCGCCAAAAAUCGUGUCAGCCAGUUAACUCAUUCUUCUGUUGUCGUCGUUCAAGAGAGAAUAACACAGCUUCGUUUCAGCACAGACACAUACAAGUUCCCCCUCAACGUUGCUUCGAAGAUAAAUGUUCUAUGGUCAAAUGGAAGUCACAUGUUAUUUUUCUUCAAUUUUAGUAAGGGCGAAUCAUUGUGGAAAUAUGUGACGCUUAGAGAUAAAAAGGUUGGAGGGUUGGUUUUAAAUCAUAAGUUCAAUUACGUCGGAGUGUUCGACGUUCGUGUUAGUGCGUCUAAUAGACUCAACAACGCCACAGCUUGCGCUAGUGCCAUCGUUGAAAUCCCCGUCUCUGGAUUUAAUUCGUCAGUUGUUUGCAAGCGAAGAUUUAAAGAUUGCUUUCAAGAUGAUAGUAUUUCGUUGAAUGCAGCAGUAACAAAUGGGUCAAGUCCACAAUUCAAGGCUGUGAUGGGUGACGGAACGUCCUAUACAAUGACAGAAGUUUUAUCAGUAUCACACAGAUAUAACACACAUGGAAAGUUUGAUGUUUAUGUAUCAGUGUAUAACAACGUCAGCCUGGAAAAUGUCACGCAUUCAUUGACAAUACUCGAGGUACAACAGAUACAGGGAUUAAGGGUUGAAUGUAACAGGUCAGUAGUGCUCGGUAACGUGACAUUCUGUAAUAUUGCUUUAGUUCGAGGGAAUGCAUUCGAAUGCGUGCUUUACUUCGGUGAUUCAAAUGAAAUGCAUAACUACACCCAUGAAACAUUGGCAAGGAACGUCUCGCAUAGAUAUUCCAGUUACGGGACCUAUUACGUAAAACUAACGUGCAACAACACCCUAGGGACAUCAGUUGCAACGUACAAAACUAUAGUAACAGGACCUGAACUUGGUUUGUCCCUGUCGAAUAAUGGACCUUUGAUGACCAAUGAUAUAGCAGUGAUUACCAUGCAAGUCAAAAACCCAGCUCCUAAGUCUUGUUUUUUAUUGGACCUUGGAGAUGGUAACAGAGCAGCUUACGGUGAUAUGAAUUGCAGUAACAGGUAUUAUGGUAUUGAAAAGACGCUACCACUGCAGAAACGAAUGCUCUACAACAACACGUAUAAAACUGUGGGAGUCUUUAAUAUUCGUUUUGAAGGAACGGACAGCCUGUUGAACGAGUCAGUCACCAGUUCAAUAGCAAUCACRGAAAAACCCUGUCGAAUCCUUAGUGUUAUAUUAGAAAACAUUGCACCUUCGUCUGAAUCUGCUACGAGGAUUCUGAAAUCACGACAAUUCGUUGUAAUGUCAAAAUAUGAAAUCAAAUGUUCUAGUGCAGUCGGUGCGAUACUGAAGUGGAACAUCUAUAAGAAUGAAUCUGGUAGCUUUGUAAGCUAUACUGACGUAACCACGACAACGUCAAGUCUAGUUAUAGGACCUCGAUUUAUUGAUUACGGCAUGUACAAGAUAGUUCUUACUUUGACUUUAAAUGGUGUCGAAGGUAUCUUAGAAUCGACUGAGGGGUUCAUUGAAGUGACCAAGACGCCAUUAUCAGCCAUGAUUGUCCAAGGGUCUGCAAUAAGAAGAGGCUGGAAUGAAGCAAUUCAGCUUGAUGGUUCGGAGUCGUAUGACCCAGACGAAGGAAGAAAGAGUAACAGUAGGUUGAUUUUUAAAUGGUUUUGCAUCGAUAUUAACGAGACCAUAGACGAUAUAGAUCAAACUCCAUUAGUUUCUCUCAUAAAAAAGGUGAAAUAUCAAAAUAUCUCCAAGGUUUCCUGUGGCAGAUACAGACAUCUUUUCCCCGGGAAUGUGGAUAAGUCUAUCGUGUUGCAUCCGGAGUUGCUUUCAGAUCAAAAAACUGUUUUAGYUGAGUUGGAAAUCGAAGAAGGAAACAGAAAUGUCAGUGUGUUUACGUUGAUUCAACGUGUAAAAUCCACAGUUCCGUCCCUGAACGUAAGAUGCAAGGAAAACUGCAAAGAGAAGUCGAAUUUAGAGGAAGUGAAGUCAUACUUAGGCGAAUGCACCAAUCACUGCUCUUCUAAUAUGACAAAAAGUUGGAGUCUUUUCGAGCAGGAUAAGGACAACCAUAACUGGAAACUGGUGGAGAAUCUAGAUUCAAAGGUCCUCUCAAAUAUAGGCACCUUUAGUUUGGUGCUCAAAAGUAAAGUGCUCAAAGGAGGAAGACGUUAUGUUGUAAGGCUGUCAGCAUGGUACGCAGGAGAACAAAAGGGAAUGACAGAGCACGAGUUCCUAACCAGCACGCCGCCGUAUGGCGGGUAUUGUACCGUUACUCCUACACAAGGAAUAGCUCUUGAAACUCCUUUUUUUAUUCAUUGUCACAACUGGACGCUGGAGAGAGAACCAGGGAUCUACAAGUUUGCCUACCAUGAUGUUUAUACAGACUUGUGGAACAUACUUUACAUAUCGACCAAGGGUAAUGUUACCCUUACUUUACCCGUGGGACAUCCCUUGAACAACUCGACUCUCAAACUAGUCGUGGAGAUUUCGGAUGACGAUGGACUUUAUACAGUAGUGUCUCUACCAACACAAGUCAUGCCAAGGAAACUCAAUCAAAGUGAGAUCAAUGAUUUGAUUGUAAGUAAGGACAGCAAGAUGGAUUUUCUUAUCGGUAUUGGAGACGUGCAGUCAGCCUCUGAGCUGGUCAGUGGUUUGGUGUCUGUAUUUAAUUACGAGGCUUCGCAGAAGACAACAAACAAUGAAACGGCUUUAAGAAAAGAGGUUGUCGCGAAGGAUAAGAUCGAAGAAAUGGCCAAGUAUGUGCUGAACGUUUCUUCAGAAGAUGUAGGUUUUUCUUCCAUCACAGAUGCAGCCAAGGACUUGGUGUCUGCAGGCAGUAACAUCAUGAGGUCAGCGGCCUAUACCACAAAUUAUGAAAGAACAGACAUCAGUGAAACUGAAAAGAAAAAGAGCCAGGAAGUGGUCUAUAAGAGUAUGGAGACAUUUGAGUAUUCAAUUCAGGCUGUAUUCAACAAGAAGCUACCAGCAGAAGAAGACACUAUCGUACAGACAACCACUACUGGUCUAUCCUGCAGGCGCAUUGUCCCAAAGAACGUUGGCAAAAAGCCAAUGGCAAUCAAAGAUGCACAAGUCCAGUUCCCACAAGCUCAAGUGUUGCUGAAUAAUACAAACAUUUCGUUCGUAGAUAUGAGUAUGCUGCUUAUCCCUCACAACCCCUACACAUGGGACAGGACAAGCACAAGAAUCAAAUCAUCCAUCGUCAAGCUAAAGAUCAAGAACGAUAUGGGAGAGACCGUCAAGAUAGAAAACCUCGAAGAAGACAUUGAAAUAGUUCUGAGUGAUGUAGAAGAGCCAGUCACGAAAACACCACCAGAAUACUUCAAAAGAGCGGACAACUCGUCCAUGCAAUACCACACUGUCCAUCACACCCAACAGGGAGGGUCCAUAAAACUAGGUAUCCGACCUGUUAAUGAAUCCGAUUCCUUCAUUGCUUACAUUAGGUACGCCAACAGACCAACUCACACCGACUACGACAUGAAAAUGAUCUUUCCAAACUUUUCUUCAUGCACCAUCAAUGAGGAUCUAAUUCCCUUCAACUGCUCUGAAAACCCAUACCAGAUUGUCAUACCAAGUGAUUUCCUGGCCAAGACUGGUAUAUAUUUCGUUGGGAUCGCGUACAGCGACCAAAGCAGCGCGGUGGUGGAAGUCAAGAGCAGACAAAGGAGAGACUGUGAAUCAGGUGGUCUAAGAGUGAAGAGAUCUUGUAUCAAGUACAAAGAACCUCCCUCGCCGUUGCCUGGUAAUGGUGCUUAUGAGGCGUUUGAGCGGGAAUUCAAUAAACUGAUUGACCGUAACUAUAGCAUGGAUAYUGUAAGUGUUGGGUGUAGCUACUGGGAUGAAUCAUCUAGCACGUGGACAACAGAGGGUUGUAAGGUCGGAAGAAGAAAGCAAUCCUCCCGCAGGAUGACAUGUCGCUGUAACCACAUGACGUCAUUUGGUGGGAGUCUCUUUGUUGCACCAAACCCCAUCGAUUUAGACAAAGUAUGGGUAGGCUUCCUCAAUCCCCAGGACAACAUCCCAGUCUAUGUUACCGUGGCAACUGUCUUCCUCAUAUACAUUUUGGCGGUCGUUUGGGGAAGAAGAGCUGACAAAAGACAGGCGCAGUCUAGGGACGGUGUGAUAGCCAUGGGUCACAAUGAAGAUGGGAAAACCUAUAACUACCUCAUCACCAUAAACACAGGACAAGGGAGCCAAGCAGGGACCACAGCUAAAGUUUCCCUCGUGAUGGUGGGUGAACACGCAAGCAGUGGAGUCAUACCUAUUAGCGAACUGACCAAGGCUAGAUUCAAUAGAGGAUCACAGACGAGAACCACAGUAUGCGGCCCCAGCAAAUUAGGAUCCCUGGUUUAUAUCCAGAUAUGGCAUGAUAAUUCUGGAGACAGUCCGGCCUGGUAUCUGGACAGUGUCAACGUCCUGGACACUCAGACAGGCGAGGAAUGGAAUUUUGUAUGUGACAGAUGGCUUGCGGUAGAGAGCGAUGAUGGUCAAAUUGAUGCACUGAUAUACGUGGCAAAUCCCAACGAAUUCAACAGCUACAAACGGAUCUUUGCUUCCAAGACUUCAAGAGACUUGUACGAUGGACAUUUAUGGUUUUCCGUUGCUCGGAAACCUUCAUCUAGCCAUUUCACUCGAGUUCAACGCUGCUCUUGUUGUCUGUCACUUCUCUUUUGUACUAUGAUGACAAACUGUAUGUUUUACAACGUCGGCAACAAAACUGAUUACAGCUCUGUACUUAUCAUCGGUCCAUUCAAGGUUUCAGUACAGGUCCUUGUAAUUGGGAUACAAAGUAGCCUAAUAGUUUUUCCAGUUAACCUGCUCAUCACUUAUUUGUUCCGACGCAGCACUAGGUCAGGAGAUCCGAAGAAAUCGUUGUUCUCUCUCAAAAACCUUCAAGUCGGCCCCUUUAUGCAUCUGUACACAGAAUGCUGUAAGCAGAACAAGAAAAACAGACGCGAUAAAUGCCUUACGAUAUUCAGUAAUAGAAACCUUUAUUAUCUCGCCUGGGUGCUGUGUUUUAUAACCACCACAUCAUCGUGUAUUGUCACACUCAUGUACACCCUCCAGUGGGACAAAGAGACUUCUGAAAAAUGGCUCAUCUCAUUCCUUACUUCCUUCAUCCAAGACGCUUUGGUCACACAACCAAUUAAAAUAGCUGCUCUUGCAGCUUUGCUGGCAUACAUAAUCAAAGAAAGGAAAAUACGCAAGAGGACCAAAUAUAAAACCUUGAGGAACACCAUGGAUACAGAAAUGAUAAGUAUUGACAUGCAUUCAGAAGUGAGCACAAGUGAUGCUGGCGCCAAGCUCACCACCAAACCACCGGAGAAGAAAGCUCUUCAAAAGGCGAGGAGGUCCCGAAUAAAGCAGAUCAAUACGUAUAAUGUCAUCAAAGACGUGGUGUGGUAUAUUUUGUUCGUGUUUUUGUUAAUGACCUACGCGUUUGGACACAUGAGUUCAAUGUCAUAUACACUAACCCAAGAGAUCGGGAAUAUGUUUCGGCCUCGUCUGGAAGCGAAUCGGUUCUCUGCAUACUGGCAAUGGAUAGGAAAAACGAUUGUACCAAACCUCUUUGCUGGUGUCUGGUACAACGGUAAGGCUCCUGGAAGUAACGAGGACGACUUGAUAUCGAACAGAGCGGCUGUUCUGGUUGGUAUGGCACGACUGCGACAAAUACGAGUGAAAGAACAAACUGAAGACAUCCCUUCCAUCGCGAAMCAAGCGAUAUACGGCCCAUAUUCAGCAUCAUCAGAAGAUACUGACUUCUAUCAACGCGGAUGGAAACCCUUAGAAAACGGAAUGACCAAAGAAAAUGCAACUUUAGACGUGUGUCCGCUACACUGGAGAUACCAGGAUGCGCUAACACUCGAUAGCAUGCCAUUCUGGGGAAGAGUACACUAUUACUCCGGGGGUGGAUAUGUCGCUGAGCUGGGCUACUUCCCAGAAAAGGCCUUAUCUGUAAUCCUCGAGUUGACAAAGACCAACUGGCUUGACCGCAGAACUAGAGCUGUGUUCCUGGAAUUCGUCAUUUACAACGCCCAGGAAAACCUAUUUAGUAUCGCUACCAUUUUACUGGAAUUUCUCCCCACGGGAGACUACCUGCCUUUCAGCAGGGUGGACACUAUCAGGGUCUACAGAUAUCUCGGUAGCUACUCAGACGUCUUGAAAGCAACGGAGAUCAUCAUUGCUCUUGUCUUACUUUUCCUUUUCUACUGUGUUGUGAAACGAGCCUACAAAUGCGGGAAGAAAUACUUUAGGUCCUUUUGGAACUGGAUUGACAUGCUGCAAGUAGUUUUUGGAUUCCUUUCUGUGGUUCUGUACUUCGUCAAGAUGGUUGUUCUCAAUAGGACGAUGGAUAAACUUGAUAAAAACCCAUUUGUUUUUGUUAACUUCCAAUACAUGCUCCUAUUCAACGAAAUCGAUAAUUACUUCGUAGCUGCUUUGGUCUUCUUAACAAUUAUCAAGUUCUUACGCUUGUUGAAAUAUCAAAGUUACAUCAAGCUUCUGGAGCACGUCUUUGCCAGUUUCUCGUACAACAUGAGCCGCUUCAUGAUUGAAUUCACCUUGUGGUUCACUCCGUUUGUAAUCAGCACAUACCUAAUAUUUGGUGCACACCUUGAGGACUUCAGCUCAUUCAUAACGUCUUUUGAAAGCAUUUUGAACACACUUUUAGGUGCCCAUUACUUUUACAGACUGCAAGAAACUGACCGAAUCAUGGGACCUCUUAUUUUCAUUGCCUUCAACAUGCUGAUGGUAUUUCUACUUCUGAACAUAUUCGUGGCUAUCAUAACUUCUUCAUUCGACCGAGUUCCUGACGACGAUUUCACGAAAGAAACGGAGCCAGAGUUAAUGAUGUUCUUUAAUGAGCAAAUCAGUGCGAUAUUUGGAUUUAAUUUAAAUAAAACAAGGCCUAUAAAGACCAAAGAAAGAGAACAAGAUGACACACAAUAUAGGGAUGAUGUCAAACUGAUCUCGCCUUUACAGAAACGGGAUAGUGAUUGUACUUUAAUAACAAACGUCGUUGUUGCUGACAGCCCUAAAGUGUCUCAAGCCAAGAAUACUGCAGACUUAGAAGACAAGGUCGACCGUCUUUAUUAUUUUGCUUCUCGAGUAUUGAGCAUGGAGAAAAGGGAAGAUAGGAUUCUAGAUUUGUUGAUUCUGAGAAAAGGCCAUGGGACUUUAAGUGAACGGUUUGAUAAAAUCAUGCAACGUUACAUAGAUAGUCUGAAAUAAUGUGCAUGGAGAAGCAGAGCCCAUAUCUAAUAA